UAGAGAGAGUCGGACAGCGAAGAACAAGGAUAUAGACACAGAUAUUUUAUCCUUGAGAGAAAAAUUUGAAAACCCUAAAUCGAAUUUCGUCUCCUCUCUUUCCAAUUCCCAACUUGCAACAGUUAAUUACCUCACUAAUCUCUGCCUAUACAUGCACCAUUUUCUGUGCGUAUAGGUUCAGAUUUCCCCCCGCCGAAGGCUCAAUUGAGACCGCGAUCAUCACUCCAACGAGCAUCCAUUCUCAAUCAAAGAGGAAUCCAUCUGAUUGGAGCAUUUGCCACAUCCGAUCGCGCUCGAUUUUUUCCGGAUCCAGCCAAUUUUGGUUGCCGGCUGGGGUCGAUUUCCAGAUUAGAUCUGCCGCUUUUUUAUUUAUUCGGAUGGACGAUCUGGAUGUGCUCGCCCGCGAUUUUGGAUUGGGAGCUCGGGGGAAAUCCAAUCCGAUGAGGUCUAAUGCGCCGGAGCGUCGAUCGAUGGACGAUCCAUUGUUCAGCGACGUCUUCGGCGGCCAGCCAAAGUACACCUCCAGCUCAAACUACGGCGGCAUGAAUAAGCAGAGCGAUUUCGACUAUGAUUCAAUCUUCAAGUCAUCUGCUGCGGCUGAACCGCCGAAGAAUGGUAGUAGCAAUAAAUCUUCGAUGCCAGUGUAUGAUAAGCCGGUAUAUGACGAGGAUAUAUUCGAUGGGCUCCCCGGAUUGAAGAGCAAAUCACCGCCCCCUUCUGUGAAAUUUGACGAUGACGUGUUUGUGUCCAUGUCCUCGCCUUCAAUGGGCAAUGGUCCAAAUAGGGAAUAUGAAGAUUUGUUGGGGAAUUUGGGGAGGAAGGAAAAAGUGGGGGAUGAAAACAUUAGUAGUGGUGCUAAAAGCAGCUCAAGUUCGAAGGGCUAUGAUGAUUUAUUUGCUGGGUUUGCGAGUAGCAAUUCCCCUGUUAGAGACAGAACCAGAUCAGUUCCAGAGUCAGGAUGGAGUUCUAUGCCAAAUUCGGGCUUAAAGAAUGGCUUGGAUGAUCCUUUUGUAGUUCUGGAGUCAAGUUCGACACAACACUCAUCGUUCACAGUACCUAAAGAUCCUCUUGACGAAAUUAGUAAAUUUAAUAAAUCUAGGAGCACGAGGGCUGAAGUUUCAUCUGGUAGUGGAGGAGCAUUUGAUUACAUAGAUCCUCUCAGCACUUUCGCAAAACCUGCAUCAUUUUCCUCUGGAAAGGAUAAAAGAGAGAAGGGUGGGAGUCCUUCUCGAUCUGAAACACCCAAACCUGCUAAUGCCAGAGAACCAAUGGAGAACUCUUAUUUUGGAUUUUCGGAGAGCAACAACAUGAACAAUGUUCCUGUAGAUCAGGAACCUCCCUUGUUUGACGUGCCAAAUGUUUCUUCAGAUUUUCAAAAACCUUCUGGCCAAACUUCUCCUCCCCAAUAUUAUGAAACGGUCUCAGAGGUUGAUAUGUCUCCUACAUCUGGACAAGGAAAUAAGUCUGAUGAAGUAUGGCUGACUGUAUCAGAGAUUCCUCUUUUUACACAACCCACUGCUGCUCCACCACCAUCACGACCACCUCCACCCAUACCUCGACAAGCUUCAAUGUCAGAAACAGGUUCCUUUACUUCCAGUUUCCAAAAGCAGAGUGAUGGGUUUGUAUCAUCAUCAAAUUAUAAUCAACACCCCCAAACCAGGCCUUCUGCCAAGAGCCCUCCCGUCUCACAGUUUGAUGAGCUUGAUGACUUUGCCAGUGGUAGGCCACAUAACAGUUUCGACGAAAGUGCCAAUCUUCACCACGGUACAGAGACCAAUGAUUUCUCUACUGCUGCUGCAUCAGCUGCUGCUAUGAAGGAUGCUAUGGACAAAGCAGAGGCUAAAUUCAGACAUGCUAAGGAAGUCCGUGAAAGAGAAUAUGCAAAAGCUUCCAGAAAUAGAGAGCCUGGGCCAAUUGAGAAUGAUGAACAAGAUAGCCAGGAGGAAUAUAGGGAAAGUCAAGAGAGAUUAAAUCGUGAAAGGAGACAGAAGGAAGAGGAAGAAAGGGAGCAAAGGAGACUUGAAAGGGAGAAAUUAAGGGAGACUGAGAGGGAGAAGGCUAGGCAAGCUGUAGAAAGGGCUACCAGGGAAGCUCGUGAAAGAGCAGCAGCCGAGGCACGUGAAAGAGCGACUGCUGAAGCUCGAUUAAAAGCUGAAAGGGCUGCUGUUGAGAAAGCGAAUGCUGAAGCCCGAGGACGCGCGGAAAGAGCAGCAGUUCAGAGGGCACAAACUGAAGCCCGCGAAAGAGCUGCAGCAGAAGCUAAAGGAAGGGCGGAGAAGGCUGCUGCAGAAGCUAGGGAAAGGGCUGCUGCAGAAGCAAAGGAGAAAGAAGCGCGGGAAAGAUCUGCAGCAGUAAGGGCAGAAGCAGAUGCGAGGCGCCAAGCUGAACGAGCUGCUGUUCAAAGGGCUGCAGCAGAGGCUCGGGAGAGAGCUGCCGCAGAAGCUCGAGAAAGGGCUGCCUCAGCUGCAAAGAUGAAUCAACAAAAGAACGACAAUGAUUUAGAAUCAUUUUUCAGCAUGAAUCGAGCAAGCAGUGUACCAAGAGCAAGAACAAGCUCAACCGAUCCUUUCUUCGAUCAACAAUUUCAGAGCAAGGGUGAGUCUGAAGCUGCAAGGAGGACGCCGCCAUCAACUGGGGCAUCAUCUAACUUAAAGAAAGCUUCUUCCACUAGCAACUUUGUUGAUGACCUAUCUUCUAUUUUUGGAGCUACUACAGCAUCUGGAGAAUUUCCGGAAGUUGAAGGAGAAAAUGAAGAGAGAAGAAGAGCCAGAAUGGAACGCCAUCAACGCACUCAAGAGAGAGCGGCCAAAGCAUUGGCUGAAAAAAAUCAGCGGGACCUUCAAGCUCAGAGGGAACAAGAAGAAAGACACAGGAUUGCUGAGACCUUAGAUUUUGAAAUCAAGCGUUGGGCAGCUGGAAAGGAAACAAAUUUGCGAGCACUGUUAUCAACAUUGCAAUAUGUGCUUUGGCCUGAAUGUGGCUGGCAGCCUGUGUCAUUGACAGACUUGAUCACUGGUGCCUCUGUUAAAAAGGUUUAUCGGAAAGCCACUCUUUGCAUUCAUCCUGACAAGGUGCAGCAAAAGGGUGCUAACCUCCAACAGAAAUACAUUGCUGAAAAGGUGUUUGACUUGCUAAAGGAAGCUUGGAAUAAGUUCAACUCAGAGGAGCUCUUCUAAAUACUGCCACAAAUUCUUGUACUCAGUCAUCUACCUCUCAACCUUGCCAUUCGAUGGAUGAGAUUCUCUCCCUGCUCUCAAUCUACAGGUGCGUUGAUGCACCUACAUUUUUGUGCUUUAUUUUGCUUGUUGCAAAGUGCUGAUUGAGAAAAGAGACCUCCAUGCUGCGGCUAUGCUCGAAUGGCGUGUACAUGUAUGCUCGAUGUAUAUUGAUGUCAACAUCGAAGAUCCAAGCAAGAGUUAAAUGGUUGUUUUUCAGUUCUUGUGGUGCUGUGGAACAAUUUAAGUUACCUUUGAUUGUUAUAUCAUUCAUCUUUUGCUUUUUUUGUCUUUCUUCUUUUGCUGAUUUCUUUAGCUAUUCAUUUGCAUUAUUAUGUCUGAGCUGUUCAGUACUCAGAAUAUUAAUGAAUUCUCCUUGUAUUAUUGUUGUGUUGAGAUUUAUCUGAAGGUGCAUAUAAAUUUGGUUUGUUUUUGUA